GCGGGCGGGGGGGGGGGCGGCGGAGGAUGGCGGAGCCGCGCCGGGUGCCGUUCAUCAGCCUGUCACCCGUGAGGCGCCGCGAGGGCGAGAGCCCGGCGCUGGAGCGGGAGCCCGAGGGCCGCCAGCCGGAGCCGCCGCCGGGCCGCGAGGCGCCGCCGGAGCCGCCGCACGAGCCCUCCCGGCCGGAGCCGCCGCCGCCCCGCGAAGGCGCCGCCCGCCUGGAGCCGCCCCGAGAGCCCGGCCGGCCCGAGCAGCCGCCGCAGCGGGAGCCCCCCCGGCCCGAGCCGCCGCCGCUGCCGCCGCCGCAGCUACCGCCGCCGCCGCCGCGCCAGAGCAGCCGGCAGGAGCCGCCGCAGCCGCAGGAGGCGCUCCCGCUCCGCCAGACGGUCCGCCUGGAGGUGGUGCUGAAGGAUCCCACCGAGGAGGGCUGUGUGGAGUUCAGCUACCCGGAGCUGCUGCUCUGCGGGGAUUCGCGGAAGAAAUCGGUUCACUUGGAAGAUCCAUUUAAUGAUGAACAACGUGAGCGGCAGGAAGUAGAAAUGCUAGCGAAGAAGUUCGAGGCAAAAUACGGUGGAAAGCCCCACAAACAUCGGAAGGAUCGCCUGCAGGAUCUAAUUGAUAUAGGUUAUGGUUAUGAUGAAACGGACCCUUUCAUUGAUAAUUCUGAAGCGUAUGAUGAAUUGGUUCCCGCCUCCCUGACAACAAAAUAUGGAGGGUUUUAUAUCAACACUGGCACACUGCAGUUCCGCCAGGCAUCUGACUCGGAGGAUGAAGACUUUGCAGAAGACAAAAAACAUAGGCCACCUAAAAUAGCAAAGUUAAAAGAAAGUGAAGAUCGUGCAAUGAAAAAGCGCAAGCGAAAAGAUGAAGGGACAGAAAAGGAGAAGAAGCCUCGGAAAAUGAAAGUUCCUAAGCAGUUGGGAGUAAUGGCCUUAAACUCACACAAGUCUGAAAAGAAGAAAAAGAAGUUGUAUAAAGACUCACUCUCUCUGGCUGCCAUGAUCCGUAAAUUUCAAAAGGAGAAGGAAGCCAUGAGGAAGAAAGAAUCUACUCCAAAACCUCCAGUGACUGUUGCAACCUCUACCCCUAGUAAAAUUCCUUCCUCCUCUCUCAGUGCGGGAAAUGAUAUCUCUGACUUGAAUCUCAGGAUCAAUGAUCCUGUCCUCUCCAUUUUUGGUAGCACAAACGAACGGUGUGAGCUCCUGCAAGAAACUGAAAGUGCCCUGGAGAUGCUGGGAGACAUUGACUUUGACAAGUUGCUUGAUGGCACUUCUGAUGGCAGCCCAGUAUCUGAGCUGUCAGGAGAAAAUGGAAAUGUCACUCAAGCAACCUACACCUCUCAGGUCAUGACACCCAAGCAGGUGCCUGCCCUCCCAGAAGGUCUGCCUAUGCUACUUGAAAAGCGCAUUGGAGACCUUCGAACAGCCGCCAAGAUGUUUGAUGAAGAAGGCAGGAAGAAGUUUUUCACGCAAGACAUGAAUAAUAUUCUGCUGGAUAUCGAGCUACAGUUGCAGGAGAUAAGCCCUGCCCUCCGCAAUGGAGUGUACUCUCACCUUGAGGCUUUUGUGCCUUGCAAUAAGGACACACUGAUCAAGCGUCUGAAGAAGUUACACCUCAAUGUCCAGGAUGACCGCUUGAGAGAACCACUGCAAAAGCUGAAACUGGCCGUCAGUAACGUCAUGCCUGAACAGUUAUGCAAGUAUCAAGAGGACUGUCAGGCCCGCAAUCAAGCCAAGAAUGCCAAGUUGCAAGCAGAAGAUGAACGAGAGAAAAAUGGAUCGGAGGAAGAUGAUGAUGAGAAACCUGGAAAGAGAGUUGUGGGACCCAGAAAGAAGUUUCAUUGGGAUGACACAGUGAGGUCUCUGUUGUGUAAUCUUGUCAAGAUCAAGCUGGGAUGCUAUGAGCUAGAGCCAAAUAGAAGUCAGUCUGCUGAAGAUUACCUCAAAACCUUUAUGGAAACGGAAGUGAAACCACUGUGGCCUAAAGGCUGGAUGCAGGCAAGGAUGCUUUUUAAAGAAAGCCGAAGUGUUCACAAUCACCUCACUUCUGCUCCGGCAAAGAAGAAGGUGAUUCUGGCACCUAAACCCAAAGUGAAGGACUCCAGUCCAAAGAAAGAACAGAAAACUUGUGUGUCUUCAGUCAAUUCAAGUUGUGCUGCUGUACUGAGUUCCAGCACACCUGUCUGCACCCCAGCCAGCUCUAGCUGCACACCAGCUCCAGAGACGAUCUGCUUGGACGACUCACUGGAUGAAGACCUUUCCUUCCACCAGCCCUCACUGGACUCUGUUUCUGGUGCUCUGGCAGUUAUCAAUAAUGGUGCCAAGGGAUCACCUCUUGGAACCAGUAUAGAGACACCAACAUCCAGACCUCGCCCUGGGCUGAGGGAAGAGAAACUAGCAAGCAUUAUGAGUAAGUUGCCUCUGGCAACUUCAAAGAAAGUAGAGCCCACUCAAACACCCCAUUCAUCAAGUCUUAUUGCUGGUCACACAGGGCCAGUACCAAAGAAACCCCAGGACCUAGUUCACACUGGUAUCUCUUCAGGCCUUAUUGCUGGAUCUUCAAUUCAAAAUCCUAAGGUUUCCUUAGAGCCUUUGCCAGCCAAACUACUUCAGCAAGGACUUCAGAGGUCAAGCCAGAUCCAAGCUGCUUCCUCCUCUUCACAGACUCAUGUUUCUUCCUCCAAGACCCAAGUAGCUAUUUCCACCUCUUCUCAAAGGACCAAGGAUGCUAAUAUCUUGGUAUCAUCUUCUGAGGCUCAAGGUGGUUCUUCCUCAACAUCACAGGUGACAAAGGUGCACCAGCAUUCAGCUGUACAGCAGAAAUAUGUAUCUCCUUUACAAGCAACUAUUAGUAAAUCACAGACAAAUCCAGUGGUGAAAUUGAGUAGUAAUCCUAAGCUGUCUUGCUCAUCACCAGUUAUCAAGGCUCAAGAUAAGUCUGUAGUGUAUCGCCUGCCUUUGUCCAAUCCCUCAUCUGGAAGUGGCUCUCAAGUGUCUCACCCACUGGUUUCUCGGACAACAUCCAGCACCUCUACCUCUAGUAACUAUUUAGCCAAGGCUAUGGUGUCACAAGUUUCUUCCCAGGGUUUCAAGCCUCCCUUCUCCAUGGCUGCCUCUCCCAAGCCUGCUGCCUCUCCCAAGCCCACUGCAUCUAAGCCCUCUGUGACACCCAAACCCAAUGCAUCACCUAAAUUUUCAUCCAAGUCCACCCCAUCCCCCAGGCCUGCAGCAACACCUAGUUCUUCCAGUUCAAGUGCACUAGUUUCCCAGAGUAGUCACUCCAGCAACAACCCCCUACAUAAACAAACCAGUGGUGUAAAUAUCAGCAGGCAGUCUCCCACAAUGAAUUUGCUGCCCUCUAAUCGCACCUCAGGCCUUCAGCCUGCAAAGAACCCUCAGGCUUCUUCAAAAUUGCCCAACUCUUCUCCUUCUGGAACUGUUGGUAAAAAUAAUUUGGGUGGAGUUGGAAUGAAUGUACCUGCCAGCAGAGGCAGUAACCUUAACUCAAGUGGAGCUAGUAGGACUAGUCUGUCUGGGGGAGCAGGAAGUGGAACACAGGGUGCUACUAAACAGUUGUCAACUCCACACAGACCAUCUUCUGCCUCAGGGUCUCCAGUUGUAGCAGCCAGUGUGCAGUCAACAGCAGGAGCAUCAUUACUGGCUAACGCCUCACCUCUGACUCUCAUGGCAUCACCCCUGUCUGUAACCAGUCAAAAUGUGACAUCUGCACCAUUGACUCCUUUUGGGAUGCUGGGUGGCCUUGUUCCUGUGACCGUGCCCUUCCAGUUUCCCUUGGAGCUGCUUGGCUUUGGGACGGACACAGCUGGAGUGACAACCACCUCGGGAUCUACCUCAGCGGCUUUCCACCACAGCCUAACUCAGAACUUACUGAAGGGUUUACAGCCAGGUGCUCAGCAUGCAGCAACGCUGUCUCACUCACCUCUGCCUGCUCACUUGCAGCAAGCGUACACAGAUGGAGGCCAAAGUAAAGGGGACACUAAGUUACAGCGGAAAAACCAGUGACUUCUGGACAAGCAAGGGAGCUGAAGCAGUUCUGGUUGGCUGACAGAAUCUGCCCAGUUGGGAAAGUGCUUAUUGUCACAGGGCUGCUGUUUCUGUCGAUGUUUACAUAUUCUGAUCCCAAGCACUGUGGUGAGAGGAAGAAGAAAAAGAGAACAAUACUUGAUCAAAGAGAGAAGGAAAAGGAGGACUGGUCCUCCUGGUCAUGCAGACUGGUCUUAGUUUGAUCUUGCCUAAAGAAACAAGCUUUUUUAAUCUGCUCUGAUUGGCUUUUAAGAGAAAUUGAUCGUCAAACCCACAGCAGCACAAACAUUUUUUUCUGGGUUAUGUCCAAUGAAGAGUUGAAAGCAUGAGAGGAGCUAGGGUAGGUUUCUCCAUCUGUUGUGUAAGGUGGAACAGUCCACCUCAUUAGUUCCCAAAGUGCCCAGUAUAAGUUUAUGCGUAGGUCCUGAGUAUGGUUGUGGACCAAAGGUUAUGUAGAAUAGAGGUGGUGCUGGGAUACUUUGCAUUAAAAUUAAACCUUUAUACAAAUACGAUUUCUGAUAUGGACAUUUUUCCAGCUUUACAAGGCUUUAGGGAGCCUAAAAAUACAGUCUAAUUGGAGAGUUGUCUUCAAAAACAGAUCUGGUACAUUGAGAUGUAAGACAAAGACUACUGGGAAAUCCCUUGCUCCUUGUUUGGUAUUUUUCUAAUAUAAAGAUUCUUGCAUAGGGGAGGAAAGGGAUGGAAAAUUUUCCAUUUACCUGAAAAGGAAACCCAUGUUUUAUUGGCUGGGCUAGCAUUUCCGACGUCUCGUUUUUUGGGGGUUUUUUGUUAAAGACACACUUUUUAUUUGUUUUCAGUCUUUCCAUUUGUUAAACUCUUUUCCUUGUGCUUAUCUGCUGCUAAAAUUAAGAAAUGUUCUGUUCAUGUAUCUCAUAAUACACAACCAGUUCUUUACUCAUUA